GAGGAAGAAGAGGCUUCUGCUAGUGAUGUGAUGAUGAACGCAAAUUGAGCGGCAUUUUUCUCCGGAAUAUUGGUACCAUGAUAGUGUAAGGACUUGAACAACUUCGGUUGUUCACCUGCUUAGCGAUAUGUCUGCAGCAACGCUGAGCACCACUCCCAACAAGCUGAAUGAAUUGGUCAACAAAUUGCACGAGUAUUUGGCUCAUUCUGCUGUUGAGGACAGCAAUGGUGGACCAACCACGGAAGAUGCUAAUGGUCUGACCAACAGGAGUUGUUCUGGGGGACACUCAAUAGGCCAAGUUAUGACAGAGGCAGGACUGGAUACCAGAUAUUCAAGGAGAAAACCAGCGGUUGUCAUAAAGCACUCUGGACUGGACGAGUCUGGGGACUCAGAUGCAACUGUGGACUUGGAUAUACCAGUCAACGCAAAUGGUCACCCUGAUAUCAGUAGAUUGCCAAAAGGCACUGUGCUGGUGAGGCCUGAACCUGUUGAUAAUGGAAGAGAUGACUUCAGGGGUCCUGAGUUUCGCAGCCGGAAAUCAGGCGUACUGCGGAAAGACUUUUCAAAAAGACGUGGAGGAGUUGAACACAUGGGAAUUGUCAGUUGCACUGCAUGUGGCCGACAAGUUAACCACUUCCAGAGAGAUUCCUUCUAUCGUCAUCCAGCUCUGAAAGUACUCAUUUGCAAGUCUUGCUACAAGUAUUAUCUAAGUGAUGACAUCAGCAAAGAUGGAGAUGGAAUGGACGAGCAGUGCAGAUGGUGUGCUGAAGGAGGCAACUUGAUUUGUUGCGACUACUGUAGUAAUGCCUUCUGCAAGAAGUGUAUUCUAAGAAAUUUGGGAAGGAAGGAGCUGUCUGGUAUCUUGGAAAGCAAAUGGUACUGCUAUGUAUGUAGCCCGGAGCCCCUUUUUGACCUGGUGAUGGCUUGUGACAGUGUCCUCGAGAACAUGGAGAGUCUGUGGUAUCACCAGCGUAAAAGAAACCGAGUAGAGCCGGAGAAAUCUGAACUUUACCACAUCAUGCCACACUUACCGCAAACCAUUCCUUUGGAUAAAUGGGAUCACACUGGUAUGGAUGGUAAUGUGGUGUUCAACUACAACACACUGCAUAUUUCCAAGGAUAUAACCAAAAAGGCCAAACAUUUAGUGGACUCUGCAAACAUUCUAAACAGAACAUUUGUCAAUUUCAUUCAUACUGUGACAAGGAACAAACAAACACCUGCUUCUCGCAAACUGUAUCUGAACUCUUUUUUGUCAGUAGUCAAAGGUUUGCGAAAAUCACUUUCAGCUCUCGAGGAUAGCCUUAAGGAAGAAUUCAGUGACUUAGAUGUCUUGAGCUUUUGGGAAAAGUUCUUUAGUGAUGACUUGAAUGCACAACCUAUCACAGAAGCAGACACAGAGCCAGAUAUGUCUGAUGAAAGAUGCUUGAGGGACUUACAGAAAUUGGCAGCUGAACACCUGGAAGAUUAUGAUUCUGACUCCAAGGGCAACUCAGAUGGGAGAACUGCACAUGCCUGCCCUGGGGAGGCCAGGGAUUCAGAUCCACGUAAAGCCAGACAAAGGGCAAAAAAGAUUGGCUUGAAGCCUUCUGAAAGCUCGGUGAGCAUGACAAAAAAACUCGUGGUAAAACUUACGCCAGUGCCAAUGGAGCAGGGGCAAUCCCCCAAUGCCCCGAAGAUGGAGGAGGACAUGCAGAUGGAUGAUAAGAAGUCAGAGGGAGAGGAUGUACCAGAAGAUGAAGAGACAGGUGUUGUAAGUGCUACAGCUGACAGCAAAAUGAGCAAUGACAACUCUAGUGCAUCAUUACACCUUGAAGAGGAACAAGGCAAUAGACGAUCUCCUCGCGUGAAGACAACACCUUUGCGUCGACAAAGUGAUGUCAAGGGCAAAACAUCUCUUUCAGCAGCAGACAGUGAGAGUGACUCUGACCCUGAGGAAACCUCCAGCACAGUGCUAGCCAAAAAUACUGAAGAAGAGAGCAGAGCAAGAGACGACUCUGACUCAGAUGAAGUCCCUGUAGCUCUGCUUGAGCGAGCAGCUUUGACACAUAGCUCUGAUGAACCUCAGAGUGACGAGAAUGGUGGAAAUGCAUCAGCCAAGGUCGCCAAGAAAUGUCUCUUUUGGCUGACAAAGAACACCCCAAUGUCACCGGAGAAGAUGCGUCGCAAACGCAAGAUGCUGGACUGUUCCCCCGAGUCUGAUUCAAGUAACAGAAGAGUAAAAGCUCGAAGGGAAAGUGGGACAGAUUCUUCUAGUGAUGAUCAAGAUGACUCGCAGAAGAAAAUACAACACUUGAAUACGUUGAGGCCAAUAGGAAAAUCACACCUCGUCAAAAGAGAGGAUGAAGGUGUGGCUGGACAGCAGGUUAGGAUACAGGCUGCAAAGUCUAAGGCUAAAUCUGGUCAGAAAGCAAUGGAAUCGUCAUCCUCAUCAAGCGAAGAUGAAGAUGAAGAUGAUGAUGAUGACUCUGGGAGUGAUGGAAGUGAUCAGAAGAUGAAACCAAUCACUGAAGAUGUGGCCUUAUUGGGGGCAGCACCAUACCACCAAUCAUCGGGAGAUGAGGAGCAGUCUGGGCCCUCGUGGGCAGCAGAAGAUGAUGAUGAUCCAGAAAAUAGAAUCGCUAAGAAAAUGCUAUUGGCCCAAAUCAAAGCCAACUACUCCUCGGGCGAUGAUAUCUCUUCGGAUGAGGAGACGCAGGAGGAUGAUUCUGUGUCGGAGGAAGACAACGAGGUCAAACAAGGCAAUGAUGAUAAUGAAACAGAUGAAAAUGGCGGAGACUUGACUUCACAAUCAACUGACGGCACAUCUGAUGAGUCCAACCCCAGUAGGCACCAUCUUCUCCGCCAUAAACUAACCUUAGAUGAGGCAGUGCCAAAUGACAUGGCAGCAGCAGAGAGUGAUGCAGGAAAGGAGGAGAAAAAGCGAAGACCCAGCAGGAAUCAGCUGAGUUCUGAUAGUGAAAGUGAUGGUGACAGUAACGAGAUAGAGCCAGAAGAUUGUGAGAUGAGUGAGGAGCUGAGUCAGUCAGAGGAUGAGACCGAUGAAGCCGGAAUCAAAAGUUUAUCCAGUAAAGUGAAGGAGGCACCUCGUAGUUACAAACGGAAGAUACAAGUUCCCUGCAUUUGGUUGUCUGAUUCCAACAGUGAAAAGAGUGAUAAAGAGGAUACAGACAGCGACAAUAAAGGCACUCCCAAAGGACGCAAAAAGAUCCGAAAAAUCAUUGAAGAUGUCAAUCUCCGUGCUGAGACUCAGAACGCCCUCAGAGAAGAGGAGGAAAGGUGCAAACGUUUGGCAAAUAGAGAACAACAGGACAGGAGAGAGAUAAUUGUUAUCGAAGAUGAGCUGUCUCAGGUGCCGUGCUCCAUCACCACCAAGCUGGUCCUGGAUCAGGAUGAGGAGACCAAGAUGCCUCUUGUUCAGGUGCACAGGAACCUGGUGACUAAACUGAAGCCUCACCAGGUGGACGGUGUUCAGUUUAUUUGGGACAGUUGCUGUGAGUCUGUGAAGAAGGCCAACUCUUCUCCUGGAUCAGGCUGUAUACUGGCACACUGCAUGGGCCUGGGAAAGACUUUGCAGGUGGUAACAUUCCUCCACACGGUGCUGCUGUCAGAGAACCUGAAAUUCAGAACAGCCCUGGUUGUGUGUCCACUGAACACUAUCCUCAACUGGGUCAGCGAGUUCAAGAAAUGGCAAAGCAGCUUGGGACAAGAUAAAGUCAAAGUUACAGAACUGGCUACACUAAAGCAUCCUCCACAACGGCUGAGGGCUCUGCAGAGCUGGCAGAGAGAUGGAGGUGUGAUGAUAAUGGGGUAUGAAAUGUACCGCAUCUUGUCACUCGCCCAGAAAAUCAGUGAUGAGGAGUGGAAGAAAGAGUUGAAGAGCAUACUGGUGGAUCCAGGUCCAGAUUUUGUGGUUUGUGACGAGGGACAUAUCCUCCGCAACGAAUCAUCCAAUAUUUCCAAAUCUAUGAAUGCCAUCAAGACCCAACGAAGAGUGUUGCUGACUGGCACACCACUACAAAACAACCUGGUUGAGUACCACUGCAUGGUCAACUUCAUCAAGACGAACCUACUGGGGUCACUGAACGAAUUCCGAAACCGCUUCAUCAACCCCAUACAGAAUGGCCAGUGUGCUGACUCCACAUCAAAAGACGUCCGAAUCAUGAAGAGGCGAGCACAUGUACUUUAUGGAAUGUUGGCUGGAUGUGUGCAGAGAAGAGACUAUUCAGAGUUGACCAAUUUUCUGCCUCCCAAACACGAGUAUGUGCUGGCAGUCAGGAUAACUCCACUGCAGUGUAUGCUGUAUCGCCACUACCUGGACCACGUCACUGUUAUGGGCUCUGUGACGAACAGACAAAAGGGGAAGACUGGAGCAAACCUGUUCAAGGACUUUCAGGUGCUUGGCAAAAUUUGGACUCAUCCCUGGUGCCUUCAGCUCAACUACAUCAGCAAAGAAAACAAGGAAUAUUUUGCAAGGAAGAAAAAAAAAGCGGCUCUGCUGAAAGAUGAUGAACCCACUGUGAAGGAGAGUGGACUGAGACAGAAUGAAGGACAAGAAGGGAAUAACGAUGACAGCAAUGCAGCAGGUAUUUCUGAUGUGACCGGAGGCAUUCCAGCAGUGGAAGGAGAGAAAGCACCCAUCAGCCUGAAGGCUCAGACUUUCAAUGAGGACUGGUUCAAGAACCUGCUGUCUGAAGAGGACGCCAAAAUCCUGGAGCACUCAGGGAAGAUGGUGCUCUUGUUUGAGAUUCUCAGGAUGGCUGAAGAUCUGGAAGAUAAAGUGCUUGUGUUCAGUCAGUCCUUGAUCUCAUUAGACUUGAUUGAGGAUUUCCUCAAGGCUUUUCACAAUGCCAGACACCCAUCGUCAGCCAAAGUGGGCAGCUGGAUUAAAAAUGUUGAUUACUAUCGUCUCGAUGGUUCCACCAGUGCUCUGUUAAGGAAGAAGUGGGCAGAAGAGUUCAAUAACACCGCCAAUGUUCGCGGCCGAUUGUUUCUCAUCUCAACGCGAGCCGGCUCACUGGGCAUCAACCUCGUUGCUGCUAACAGGGUCAUCAUCUUUGAUGCCUCAUGGAAUCCCUCGUAUGACAUACAGAGCAUAUACAGGGUGUACCGCUUUGGUCAGCUGAAACAAGUGUUUGUGUACCGCUUCUUGGCUCAGGGCACCAUGGAGGAGAAGAUCUAUGAUCGUCAGGUGACCAAGCAGUCUUUGUCUUUUCGAGUGGUGGAUCAGCAGCAGAUUGAGAGGCACUUCACCCUCUCUGAACUGACUGAACUUUAUACAUUUGAGCCAGACCUGCUGGACGACCCAAUCUCUAAGAAAAGCAAAAGAAGCACCACUGUUGUGCCAAAGGAUAAGGUCCUGGGACAGCUAUUACAAACCAGUAAAGACCACAUAGUAUCUUUCCACGAGCAUGAAUCUCUGCUGGACCAUAAACAAGAGGAGGAGCUCAGUGAGGCAGAACGCAAAGACGCCUGGGCUGAGUAUGAGGCCGAGUCUUCCAAAGCUCCAGCCAGCUCGAGCCAGAACCCCUUGGAUAUGAAGACCAAUGAAGAGCUGGUGAAACUGCUGAACGAGAGCAGAGCAAAUGUAGCGGUUGCCUUCACAGAGAUGGCCCGUGUGACUUCUUACCCUAUCGAGGACUACAUUUUGCAAUCGCGGCUACAGUAUCCUCAGCUGUCUGAGGCCAUGCUGAAGAGCAAAGCACAGGUUUGGAAAGUGAGUGAUGAGAAGGAGCAGGAACGUAGACAGGCCUUCUAUCGAGACGUUCUUGCAAAGCAGCAAAAACUUAUACGCAGCAUUGAGGCCAUACUGAAUGUUAGAAGGACUCAAGCGAUGCAGGCAACUGUGACCACUGUGACCCAGCCUGGACAGACUUGAACAAGACAAUCAUGUGACGCCUUUGCUCUUCAUCGCUGCUCUACCUGUGAAAUGAAUGUAUGUUUAACCAAUAUGAAAAACAAAGUGUACAGAGCUGCCAUAUCCUCAAAGCAACGUGACAGCAGAGUUGAGUCAAGUGUUAUCCUUAGGAUUUCAAGUAUCCACUACGGUAAUGUUCACAUGCACUGACAAUUUAGGAACACUUUUGAGCACUUUAACUCCCACAUCGCUUGUAGCUGUAAAAUGUCUUUUAUACAGUUUUAUAGGGAGCUGUUUCGCUGCUUUAUACCAAAAACACUUUGAGUUUGUUGGUUGACGCACAGGUUACUGUUCAUGCCUUAUUAUUUCACCUUAAUACGUUUUGGUACUGCAUUGUGUUUAACAAUUAUGUGUUAUGUGUUUAUUACCACUCAUUAUAAUUCCGUAAUAAAUAACCAAAAUAACAGAAAUUGGUUCUUUUUUUUUUUACUUUGUGUUUAAUAAUACUGUCCACUGAAAUCAUAUGUAUAUUUAUUGCAUAUGUAGCUUUAUUGUGAAUAUGUGUAGCUGCCUACAGUUUCAGUGUGUGCUGUAUGCACUUUCUUCCAUGACAUAUACCGCCACAGUCUCCGUCCCGAUUAUCCUGGUAGAAACAGAGCAGCUGUUCAGCCACUGAGUUGUUCCCCUGAGAGGAAGGCACCAUGCCCACAAGUAUUUUUUUUGUUAAUUAAUGAAAGCAAGCCAGCUGCAGUGGUGUAAACCCUUCCAGGUUUCCCUCAGGCUCUCCUUCACCUGACAGUAGUGCAAAGGGAAGCACUGUAUACACAACUGUGCACAACAUGUAUGUAAGGAAAAAAACCCCCACACAGGAUAGGUUUCUUAUAAAUUAUAUUUUAGGUGGUAUAAAAGGCAUUGGUCUGGGGAAAAAUAACAGUAACAGUCUUUGUGCACAAACAGCAGUUCAUACAAAAUUUGGCAGUUUCACCAUCAUAAAAAAAGACUGGUGUGCAUAGUCUUGCAUGCACGAUCACCAUGAGAGGGGUGUGGAUUUGUGUACACAUACAUACAAAUAUCCUAAGUCCAUCUAAUUCAUCUUGAGUCUUGUUACCUUAAGCAAGUGUUAUCCAAGAUAAUUAUCUUUUAUGCUUAAGUUUUGGGCGAUAACCUUAAAGGGAAACCAGGUCAACUUCAGUUUAAGAACAAAAUUUAAUUACAUUUUAAUGCACUGUGUGGAUGAACUAAUUAAAAGUUGUAUAAUGGGAUCAACUGUAAUGCUUCAAAUGCAUGGGUAACGUUCAGUAAAGUCGAGCAGGAAAGACACAUCACAACAUACGGAGUGAAAAUGCAGACUCAGGCGUUGACAUUUUUGUUUAAAAAAGUGGUUUGGCUUAAAAGGGAGAGAACUCCACGACUAAUGAACAC